AUGAGCUGGCGUCCAGUGGCUCUCGGCCUCCUGGUGGGGAUAGGAGGCUUUGGCAUUUUCUAUUCAAUCUUUGGAUGCGGUGUAGCGAAGAUAUCGCUUGUGAACUUAACAAUGAACCAGACGAGCAUUCCUGCCGAACGCCCUGCAGUUGCUGCGCCUGAAAGCAAGGAGCUCAAGGUGCCAUGGUGCAGGCAUGCUGAAUCAAAGGUGCAAGAAGGAGAGUAUCCCGCAUGCUUGGUGCCACCAAGCAAGGACCUUUAUCGUUUGGCCCAUCCAAAGAACGAUUGGUAUAGUCAAGACAAGCAAGACCAGGAAGUGUGGCCUUUGCUGAAAGGCCUGACAAAGGGCUUUUUCAUUGAAAGUGGAGCUUCUGUUGGAGAAGCAUUCAGCAAUACCCUUGCCCUUGAGAAGACUGGCAAAUGGAGCGGCUUGUUGGUUGAGCCAGACCCAUGGAAUCAUGAAUUAAUUGCGACUCUACACCGCAAGGCAUACCUGUUCAAGGGAUGCCUCUCUGGGACCCAAAGUCAGGAAACCCUUUGGUUUAAAGCUGACCGUGAUAAAGCACUCCAUGGAAACUUUGGCAUGGAUGGUAGGUUGAUGGACAAGCCUCCGGAGAAGGAGACUAAGCAGACCUUAGACGCUGCCAUUGCGGUCACUUGUCUUCCUCUGAAAGACAUUUUGGAGGCAGUGGGUCAUUUGGAAGUGGAUUUCUGGAGCCUGGACAUUGAAGGUGCUGAGGGUGCCGUCUUGGAGGCCACUGACUUCUCAAAAGUAAAGGUCGGGGUCAUGACCAUCGAGAUGAACAAGGGGCCAGUGAACAACAAGAAGAUUUCGGAUGUCAUGGAGAAAAAUGGCUUUGUGAGGUGGAAGGUCUUGAAGUUUGAUCAGAUUUUUGUGAAUCCUUCUUAUAUCCGCCAGAAAGGCUGGGAGAUUCCGGCCGAUGAUGCGAAGCUCGCGGAGAUCAUGAAUAAGAAACUCUGA